UCCAAUACAACGUUCCCACAACCAAAAUGGAACGUUUGGGGAAUGUUCUCAGAGCGUAAUUUUGUUAGCUGGGAUGGUCGCUCAGUGAGGUUAAGAUACUGGACUAGUAAUCUGAAGGUGGGUAGCACUGUCGCCUCACAGCGAGAAGGUCCUGGGUUCGAUCCCCAGGUGGGGCGGUCCGGGUCCUUUCUGUGUGGAGUUUGCAUGUUCUCCCCGUGUCUGUGUGGGUUUCCUCCGGGAGCUCCGGUUUCCUCCAACAGUACAAAAUAUAACCAGUAACUACCUGUUCUGUCAUGAAUGUAACUAAAGUGAGUAAAACAUGAUGUUAAAACCCUAAUAAAUAAAAAAAUAAAUAAAUAAAUAAAUAAAUAAAUAAAUAAAAAAAUAAAUAAAAAAAUAAAAAAAUAAAUAAAUAAAACAUGGUGAGAUUUACACCCUCCACAUCGGUAGGUGUCAGUAGAAGACUAAUAUUGACGGCAUAUAAAUACAGCUAAUCCUGCUCACUGCUGCCUGUGCUGAAUCUGUCAUCUUUACACGUUCGGGAAACUAAUUCAUGUAUAAAUAAGAUUGAGGGGUUUUGCAUGUUCUCCCUGGCUUUCCUCCGGAUACUCCAGUUUCCUCACCUUCCCAAACUCAGCACGUCAUUUGCCACUCAGCACUUAGUAGCAUUGAGUCAGCUCUCAGGAGUUAAACACGACGUCUCCAUCUGAGGUUUUUACUAAAUCUGUAGCUCAGAACAGAGAGGAGAAUGCCGGACGCCCUGGUCGUCGCCUUUCAGUCCCAGCUGUCCGUCAUCAUGGAGACGAUCCUCAAGUCGGCCAUGAUGGAGAUCAGCAGGCUGGUGGAGGACAGCUUCAUGGAGGAGGUGGCUCGAGGUAAACAGGAGCUGGAGCUGCUCCUGCGCAGGCUGCAGUUUUCUGAGAGGAAGCUGAAGGAGAGGGAACGGAGAGGACGGUGCGCAGACUGUGGUAGAGCCGCGGGGGGCGGCGAGAGGGCUGCGGAGAGGCCGGCGGACGCGCUUACAGGUGAAGAUGCUUUAUGCUUCAGGCUAAGUCUGAGGGAACAGUCAGAGAAAAGAGCUCCGUUCAACGAGGUCUGGAGAUCUACAGAAGCUACAGACGAGGACUCGUACAGCCCCACAGACACGCACAAUCGGCACGCGGUGGACGUGCAUGAAAACGGCAAGAACAACAACAACGUCCUGCCUAACGUAGCCAUCAUGAGAAUCCAAGAGCCGAGAGUCAGUCCACCAAGUAAAAAAACAGACCUGCUUCAGUCCUUCAGACUGGAGGACGUGAAGGUCACUGAGCUGGCAUCUUCUCCUGGGCGUGGCACUGUGAAACCGGAGCAGGAGCCCGAUCCUAAUCCAGAAUCGGUGGAGAUCAAGGAAGAGCAGGAGAUGCUCCCGGUGUGGGACUUCAGAGACGAUGAGGGUCCCGCGGAGGCCGAUCCGAAUCGUUCGGGGUCCUGGGAUCACGAUGAGACACAGGUAGAUCAUUUUCCCAAUCUGUCCGAUCUCGACGUGUCCGAUCCGUCCUCGCAUUUAACGUCCUGUAGCGCACAGAUAUCGCAAAGCAUCAUCUGCAAGGUCGAGCCCGGUCAGUCGGAUCUGGUUCACCUUUCUUUGGCUACCGUGCCUGACCGGUAUGAAAACGGACGCUCCUUUGACCUCUGUCCGGGCGAGAAGCUUUUCCCGCGUCCGCAUCAUUUCCAUUCCGAUAAUCCGCCGGCUCACCCGAGGGCGUACGCGCUUCACCUCGCCGCCAGACGCCUCCGGUGCGCGCAGUGCGACGAGACCUUCGCCGACGACCACGGGCUGACGGAGCACCACCGCCGGCAGCAUUCCAAAGAGCGCCCGCACGUCUGCCCGACCUGCGGUAAAGCCUUCACCCGCUUCAGCAACUUCAAGCAGCACCUGAACAUCCACACGCACGAGAAGCUCUUCAACUGCACCCAGUGCGGCAUGAGGUUCAAGCGCUCCACCCACCUCCGGGUCCACCUGAGGAGGCACACCCGGGCGGGGAAGAGCACGCCCUGCGGUCACUGCGGCAAGAGCUUCGUGUGCACCAAGCAGCUCAAGGGUCAUCUGCUCAGAGCGCACGGGAUGGAAACGGACUGAACGCGGUCCGGCGUGCACGAUCUCAAUCGUUCCUCUCCACCAGUUGCAAUAUCCAGAUUCUACGUUCAUCCUAAUCAUUAAAUUAGAUCAAAUUACUUAGCUUUCAUUAAGUUGCAUUUUGUGUCGGGGGUGGGCAAUAUAACAUAAAACGUAUCACGGUCAGUCAGUGCCAUAGCCACCAUAGCCAUACAUGACCAGAAGUCCUAAAGAGCAUAACCUACCCUUCUUUCUCUGUGAAUUUGGGCUGAAGAGAUACUAGCAGGCUCAUGUAUACAGAAUAUCGAGGUUAUUGUGUUCCACUGGCUUCACUUGUUAGUUAGUAGCUGAAUUAUUUAGGAAAGGAUUAAAAGAUAAAAAGAUCCUAAACAGAUAAUAAAGGCAGCACGGUGGGUAGCACUGUCGUCUCACAGCAAGAAGGUCUAGGGUUCGAUCCCCAGGUGGGGCAGUCCGGGUACUUUCUGUGUGGCGUUUGCAUGUUCUCCCCGUGUCCCCGUGGGUUUCCUCCGGGUGCUCCGGUUUCCUCCCACAGUCCAAAAACAUGCCACCAGGCCGAAUUGUCCUAUAGGUACCCGGCCGCUAGAUGCACAGACCAGUGUAUCGAAGUGCCGGUCCCAAGCCCGGAUGAAUAGGGAGGGUCGUGUCAGGAAGGGCGUCCGGCGUAAAAACUGUGCCAAAUCCCGCCGGCGACCCCUAACGGGAAGAAGCCGGGAAUGCCGACCCCGCAACCGAGAAACGGGACAAAGGCUGAGGAACCAGAAGAAGGAAUUUCCGAUUCCCGAUUGUGAAUCUGCAGCCGCUCGAGAACCCUCGAUCUGAUCAAGGAGAGCCGGAUCACCACACACCCCCUCAGACACGUUUCCAAUCCGUGGCCACUUCUUAUCACCUGCUGGGUCAGUGUUGGGUUCCCACACGACAUAUCACUUAUUGGAGAAAAAUAUGGGGUCCUAACAAUCACACAGGAGAAAGGCAUUUUUAGUUUUGUUCUGUUAAAAAUGAGAAUCUUUACAUUAUUAUAAAGUUCUUCAUUCAUUUUG